AUGUUUGUACCACUACUAGCUUACCUCAUAUUUUUAUCUUUUUCUUUGAUAAUUUCAUGUUCAACAAAAAAGAAAAAAAAUGUAGAAAAGAAUAAAGGAAAAAUUGUAGAUUUAAAUGCUAGUAGUAAUGGAGAAAAAAGUAAAAUAACAACUACUAAAAGGGGAUAUUCAACAAGUAUUAAUUCAAAAUUGGGAAAAAUAACCAAUGAAAGUAAUACAAAAGUAUUAUUAAAACCACAAAGUUCACAAAGUAAGGGUGAUGAAAAAUUUAAGGUAAAUAAUAUGAGAACUGAAGAUUUUAUAUCUCCUAAAAAAGUUGGUGCAAAAAGUGUUGAAAAAGGAAAGGAUAGUCAAAAAAUUGGUCAGGCACCUAAAUCAAUUCAAAAUAAUUGUUUUAGUGCAGCACCAACUCAAGCUAAUAUUUUUGAUCCAAAUGAUGAUCCAGCAGCUGAUAAAAUGAAUCUUGAAAUGACACAAAAUAGUAUUGUUGAGGAUUUAAAAGAUGGUGAUGAUACAUUAAAAAAUGUCUACUCACUUCCUGUUGAUAAAGAUCAAUCAUUGAAAGUUAUUGAGGAUGCAGAAGGAGGAAAUAAACCAGCUAAAAAGACAAAUAAAUAA